GUGUGUCCUCUUCUAUAACCUCGACCCAGACAAGAUGGCCGCCCCCAUGGAGGAGCUUCUACGUCACGUAGCCACCAUAAGACAGCAGAGCGGCUGCUACACUCAGGCCAUGUUCUCAGCCAUGGCUCCUCAACACCAACAGCUGAUUGUCCAAGCCAAUGCCCCUCAGCUGCGUCAAAAUUUUGAUUCUGAGACUCAUAAUCUACGCAUGCAGCUGAAUAACAUCCAGAGUUCCUCUGAUGGAUUUGAUUCUAAGCUCUCUCAACUGGCUUCUCUCCUAGGCCAAGUGCAGACUGCGCAGCAGAGGGCCACACAGGAGGAUAGCGGGACAGGUGUCCUCAGCUCCCAGCUGCAGGCGCUCUCCGCCCUGGGUUCUGAUGUGACCAACCAACAGAGCUCAGUGACCAGCAACAAACAGGCUGAGAAUCUCCGAAGGGAGGCAGAGAGAGUGAGGCUGGAGACAGAGAGAGUUGAAGCUGAACGAAGGAGACACCAUCGUCGCAGGAGGCGCUUCCUUUUCUUCUAAUUUCCAUCGCUUUGUCCAGGUUGUCAACAACGUUGGAUCUACCGUGUUGAAAGGACCAUUUCUCCUUUACUGAACUUAUGUAAAAGACAGUGAGAAAUUGCCAAGAAAACUGGAAGAGCGGAAAUUUCAAAUGUGCUUGUUUUACUUGUAUCUAGCUCCUUAAGAGCUCAUAUUGAUAUUAUUUUAACCCCCCCCCCCUCUUAAAACACCCGAUUGUCAAUUUAUUUUAUUCAAUGCGCACUUUCAUUAUGUUAAAGCAGAUGGUGUUUACUUGUUUUCAAAAGCGUGGAUAAGUAUACUCAAUAUGAAGAGUAUAUCUUUUUUUUUUUGGUCUUCUGUCAAGCAGAUGUUGAACAAUGGUUCAGCCAUCAACCAAGUAAGAAAAAGAAA